CUCCCCUCCAUACCCUAAUGACCGACCCCACUCUCGACGAGAAAGGCAACCUCCACCCCCGGCCCCCCUACCACCCCGCCAUACAAUCUCAACUCCAGCACCUCCAACCAAGCAACACCCUAACCCUAUCCUCCCUCCCCUCGCUGCGCGACCAAACCUCCGCCGCCACAGUAACAGGAAACCGCCCCACCCACCACACCUCAACCAGCAUCCAACCCCCUGACACCCCCCACAGCACCACCAUCUCGCUCUUCACCCGCAACGACGCCGCGCUAAACGACCCGCCCCGCCUCGCCAUCCUACACAUCCACGGCGCUGGUACCGUCGCCGGGACCCGCUUCCUCGGCAUGAGCGAGGUGCUAGCCUGGGUCGUGGCAUUCGACGUCGUAGCCGUGAGCGGGUUGAGUACCGGCUCGCGCCCGAGCAUCGCUUUCCAGCUGGGCUGGCGGACUGCCAGACUGUGCUUCGCGCGCUGCGCGAGAGACCGGAGGAGUUUGGCAUUGAUGGGGAGAAGGUAUGCGUCGUGGCGGGGAGCGGGGGCGCGGUGCUAGCGGCGGGUUUGGUGCUGAGGGCGCG